AUGAGCUCUUCAAUUCCAUCGGUCCAGACUGCGGCAUUAAUUGAAAACCCAGGCAAUGACGCACAGAUUGUCUUUCGGUCGGAUAUUCCAGUUGGAAAUCCUGGCGUGAAUGAGAUUCUCGUCAAGUUGGCUUUUACUGGUGUCUGUGGCUCAGAGAUUCGGGCGCUCUCAGGAUGGGGUCCGUAUAACUCUAUUGUUGGACACGAAGGCGUGGGAACUGUCGUCAAGCUUGGUGAGGGCGUCGACACAAGCAUGCUCAAUAAGAGAGUUGGCGUGAGAUGGCUCUACAGCGCCUGCGGAGCUUGCAAUGCUUGUAAAAGAGGAUAUCCCAACAACUGCCCGAAACAACUCAACACUGGACGCCAUGUUGCUGGAACACUACAGGAAUACAUGAUCGCCGACGCGAGAUACGUGACAGAGAUUGCAGAAGGUCUGCCUGGUGAGGUGGCAGCUCCGUUACUUUGUGCUGGUCUUACCAUGGCCGGUGCUGUAUCAAAGCUCACUGGAUACGCUGUGAGGGGUGACUGGAUAGUCAUUUCUGGAUCGGGGGGUGGACUUGGCCAUCUUGGUGUCCAAAUUGCUGCAAGACUACACGGACUGCGAGUCAUUGCUAUUGACACUGGAGAAGCCAGGCGCAAGCUGAGCUUGGACAGUGGUGCAGAACACUUCAUCGACUUUGCAGUGGAGGAUGCUGAAGCAAGGGUGAAAGAAAUCACAAGCGAGGGAGCAUCAGCAGUGCUGGUAGUUACAGGUUCACAAGAAGCCUUUGUCCAAGCCCCCAGCCUGGUGCGAAACAUGGGGAUCAUCGUCAACAUUGGUCUUCCAAGGAAUGAUUUUAAUAUUCCUCUUUCUGCUACAAUCUGCUCAGCCCGAUCACUUACCGUCACUGGGGUUGCCGUAGGUACAGAGGAGCAGAUGAAGGAGCUUCUGCAACAUGCUCUGGAAGGAAAGAUAGUUCCGAAAGUGAAGAUCCUCGAGUUUGGAGAGGUAGGAAAUGUUAUUGGAGAUCUUCAACGACAGCAAGUCACUGGAAGAGUGGUUGUUAGAAUACCUUGA